AUGAUUGAUGUUGAAUUUUGCAAAUUUUAUUCUGACUUUGAAAUUUCUUGCAGCUCAAAUAAUCAAGUGUUCAUUCCAAAUAAAAGAAAUCAAAUUGAAGAUCGCAAAGUAGUGAAAAAUGUUUUGUUAUAUGAAGAUGGUGUUGGUAAUACUAUUGUAAAUGCGAUAAAUAACAUUGAAAUAAAUUUCUCUCUCAAAGAACUUAAAGAGCAAAAACCCUUAAAUAAUCAGAAAGAUUUUUUCAGGGAAAGUAAAGAUAAUAAAUCUUCAGUUAGUACCUUUACUAAAAGUGAUAUUGGAAAAAAUCCCCAAAAUAAUAAUUUUUGUGAAAAUGAUUUUAUAAGGUUAAGUAUUGAUAAAAAAUGCAUUGAAGCAAAUAAAUAUAGUGUUGUUAGUCAAGAAUAUCAAUGUGGUACCAACAAUGUAGCAAACUGUGUUGAUAAUGACAUUAAUGAAAUCUUUUUUAAAAAAAACUCAAACCAUAGACCAAAAUGCAUUCAAAAAUAUAAUGAUGAGAAAACACAAUUACUAAUCGAAAAGAAUGAUGGUAAAAAUAACUUAUACAAUUGGAAACAUAAUGGAAAAGUUUCUCAAAAAUUUAACAUUAUUUUUGAAAAUAAACAAGGAAUAAUUAAUGAACAAGUACAAAAAAAUAUUUUCAAGGAAAAUCAAGAACAUUUGACAUUUAAUGGUUCAACAAAGAGUCAGAACUCUGAGCUAAAAGAACAUCAUAAAAAGCAAGAUAAUAAAGAAUUAGAAGCCAACAUGAUAAAUAACAAUUAUAAAAGUCAGUUAUGCAAUGAAUUAGAAAAUAAUCAAAUGGAGGACAUAUUUUUGCAACAAAAUACAUUUGCAAAUCAGGUGGUUAAUGAUGUUUGGAUGGGCAAGGCUUUAACUGUGCAGGGCACGCAUACUGAGAUAUCAGAUAAUUUUGAAAUAAACUACUUCAUCUUUAGAUCAAUUUGGUCUCCUUUACUUGAAGAUUUCAAUUUUUGGAUAAAUUUGAGUCACAGUUUUCACAAAAAUAAUAAUUUUCCUCUACUCAACGUAGUUGAAAUCCCAGAAUCAUUAAAAACAUCAGAUAAUUGUGGAAAAGAUUGUUACUUUGGUAAUGGUAGAAAACUUUAUUUUUAAGAAUUUAGUUUUUUAAAGUAUUGAAAUUUUUUCAAAAUAUAUUAUAUAUGUACUAUAUUUAUUUUAUAUAACAUUUAUUAAAAUCUCUAUCA